AUGACGGUGCUUACAGUGAUGGCAGGAAAGUCCAGUACUUUUUUUCCCGAAGACAGUUUUAUAGAAACCGGGGAGAUUGAUGUCGGCAGACGAGUCACGCAGAAGAUCCCUCCCAGCAUAUUUUGGAGAUCUCAGGUGUACAUCGACCAUCCUGUACAUUUGAAAUUUAAUGUUUCAUUGGGAAAAUCAGCUCUGGUUGGGAUUUACGGACGAAAAGGACUCCCACCUUCGCACACCCAGUUUGACUUUGUUGAGCUUCUGGACGGACGGAGGCUGCUAAGUCAGGAAGCCAGGAAUCUAGAAGGACCCCAACGACAGCCAAAGGGAUCUGUGCCGCCAGCCAGCCAUGAGACAGGAUUUAUUCAGUAUCUGGAUUCUGGAAUGUGGCACCUGGCCUUUUACAACGAUGGAAAAGAAUCUGAGUUGGUCUCCUUUCUCACCACCACUAUUGAAUCGGUGGAGAACUGUCCCAGCAACUGUUACGGAAACGGGGACUGCAUUUCCGGAACAUGCCAUUGUUUCCUCGGAUUUUUGGGGCCUGAUUGUGGACGAGCGUCUUGCCCAGUGUUGUGCAGCGGGAACGGACAAUACAUGAAAGGACGUUGCUUAUGUCACAGCGGGUGGAAAGGAGCCGAGUGCGACGUCCCGACCAAUCAGUGUGUCGACGUUUCUUGCAACAGCCACGGGACAUGCAUCAUGGGAACCUGCAUUUGUAACCCGGGCUACAAGGGAGAGAGUUGUGAAGAAGUGGACUGCAUGGACCCCACUUGCUCAGGACGUGGCGUCUGUGUGAGAGGGGAAUGCCACUGCUCCGUGGGCUGGGGAGGGGCCAACUGUGAGACCCCGAGAGCCACUUGUCUGGAUCAGUGUUCGGGCCAUGGAACCUUCCUGUCCGAAACCAGCCUCUGCACCUGCGAUCCCAACUGGACCGGGCACGACUGUUCCACAGAGAUCUGUGCAGCCGACUGUGGGGUACACGGCACUUGCGUUGGGGGCUCCUGCCGCUGCGAAGAGGGCUGGAUGGGGGCGGCUUGCGAUCAGCGAGCGUGUCACCCCCGCUGCAACGAACACGGGACCUGUCGGGACGGCAAGUGCGAAUGCAGCCCCGGCUGGAACGGAGAGCAUUGCACCAUCGGUAAGAGGAAAAAGUUGGGCAAGAAAAUCGACCAAAAGGAGGGAUGCCCCGGGUUGUGUAACGGCAACGGUAGGUGCACGCUGGACAUGAAUGGGUGGCACUGUGUCUGCCAGCUGGGUUGGAGAGGGACAGGCUGUGACACGUCCAUGGAGACCGCGUGUGGAGACGCAAAAGACAACGAUGGAGACGGGUUAGUGGACUGCAUGGACCCCGACUGCUGCUUUCAGUCUCUGUGCCAGACCAACACGCUCUGCUUGGGCUCUCCAGACCCCCUGGACAUAAUACAGGAGAUUCAGAUCCCCAUGUCCCAACAGAAGCUCUACUCUUUCUAUGAUCGGGUCAAGUUUCUGGUUGGCAAGGACAGCACGCACGUCAUUCCUGGAGAGAAUCCGUUCAGUGGAGGGCACCCUUGUGUCAUUCGUGGGCAGGUGAUGACAGCGGAUGGGACCCCUCUGGUUGGCGUGAACAUCAGCUUUGUCAACAAUCCUCUGUUUGGCUACACCAUCAGCAGACAAGAUGGCAGUUUUGACCUAGUCACCAAUGGCGGGAUAGCCAUCGUUCUGCGUUUCGAGCGGGCGCCCUUCAUCACUCAGGAUCACACCCUCUGGCUACCCUGGAACCACUUCUUCGUCAUGGAGACCAUCGUCAUGCGACACGAAGAAAACGACAUCCCCAGCUGCGACCUGAGCAACUUUGCCCGGCCCAACCCUGUGGUGUCUCCCACUCCGCUCACUGCCUUUGCCAGCUCCUGUUCCGAGAGAGGCCCCAUCGUGCCCGAAAUCCAGGCCUUACAAGAAGAGAUUAAAAUCUCAGGGACUAAAAUCAAGCUCAGCUACCUGAGCAGCCGUACGUCUGGCUACAAAUCGGUCCUGAAGAUCAGCUUAACCCAUCCCACCAUCCCUUUCAACCUUAUGAAAGUCCACCUCAUGGUUGCGGUGGAAGGGCGCCUCUUCAGAAAGUGGUUUGCUGCAGCUCCAGACCUCUCCUACUACUUCAUCUGGGACAAGACGGACGUCUACAAUCAGAAGGUCUAUGGGUUAUCCGAAGUCUUCGUCUCAGUGGGAUACGAAUAUGAAUCGUGCCCGGAUUUGAUCCUGUGGGAGAAACGGACAGCGGUGCUUCAGGGUUACGAAAUAGACGCUUCGAAACUUGGAGGAUGGUCUCUGGACAAGCAUCAUGCGCUUAACAUCCAAAGUGGUAUCCUGCACAAAGGAAAUGGGGAAAACCAAUUCGUCUCCCAGCAACCCCGAGUUAUAGGGAGCAUCAUGGGUAACGGACGCCGAAGGAGCAUCUCCUGCCCGAGUUGCAACGGCCUGGCCGACGGCAACAAACUCCUGGCACCUGUUGCCCUGACCUGCGGCUCAGACGGCAGCCUGUAUGUCGGAGACUUCAACUACAUCCGAAGGAUCUUCCCUUCGGGGAACGUCACCAAUAUCUUGGAGUUAAG